AUGUUUAUGCAAAUUGUCACUGAUUUUGGGGGAGAACAUCUGAGGAGAGAUUGCAGUCAACAAGUUGGCAGUGGAGGCAGUAGUGUUAGCACUCGUAAGUGUUAUGCAUGUGAUCAGCCGGGGCAGUUUGCUAAUAAGUGUCCUAAUAAGAAGACCACUCCCGGAGCACGAUCUCAGCCACCUUCCUCUGAUAGGCUGAGAGCAACAGGAGCUUCACACUCCUUCAUAUCCCACGACUGCGUGAAGAAACUGGGAUUGUCGACUCGCGACCUGGGGUGCGAGUUGAUCGUCUUGACACCAGCAUCUGGGCAGGUUUCAACUAAUUCUGCCUGUGUUGGAUGCUCGUUGGAGGUAGAGGGCAGACAAUUCAAGGUGAACCUUGUAUGCUUGCCUUUGGAGGGUUUGGACGCGAUAUUGGGAAUGAACUGGUUGUCAAGCAAUCACAUAGUCAUUGAUUCUGGACAACGCAGGGUGGUGUUCUUAGAGUCAGAGGGAAUUGAGUUUAUCUCUUCUCACAAAGCCUUGAAGGAAAUUGAAGAUGGAGCUACUUGUUUCAUGAUAGUGGCUCAAGGAGAAAAGAAGAGUACAAAGGAAAAGAUCAAAAGUAUACCAGUGGUGGACGAGUAUGCCGACGUAUUUUCUGACGAAAUACUCGAAUUGACACCAAGCAGGGACAUAGAUUUCUCUAUUGAUCUAAUCCCUGGAGCGGGUCCAGUGUCGGUCGCCCCUUACAGAAUGGCAUCGGUGGAGCUGGCAGAGUUGAAAAAGUAG